AUGCGUUUGUUCGGUGCAGCAGCCCUCGUGGCCGCCUUGUUCGCAACGACUGUUAUAGCAGGGAUGGAACAGUUGGCGGCCGUUUUACCCUCGUGUGCGCUGAAAUGUAUGACGACUUCGGUGCCACAAUCGUCCUGCGAGCCAACCGACCAGAAAUGUCUAUGCACUGAUGCACAUUACACGGCCGUUCUGCAGAAAUGCGUUCUUGUCAGUUGCACAGUUAAAGAAUCUCUAACCACAAAAAAUGUCACCUCAACAGCGUGCGGAGCCCCUAUCCGGGACCGCACAAAGAUUGUUUCUCAUGCAGGGGUUGCAGGUGGAAUUGUAGCCCUUAUCGCUUUCGUUCUUCGCAUGCUGGCUCGAUUAAGCUGCUGUGGUGGUAUUUUUGGGGCGGAUGAUUGGACAAUGAUGUUCACGAUGGCUCUUCUCAUUCCACUUUCUGCACUCUCAGUCGUCUUGGCCGAUUCAGGUUUAGGAAAGGAUAUGUGGACCAUUCCUUUCGACAACAUCACCCAUAUUCUUUAUGUCUACUUUUGGGAUGAAUUGCUCUACCUGAGUAUUCUGCCGCUGACCAAAAUAUCAAUCUGCUUCUUCUACCUUCGUAUCUUCCCUGAUCAGAGGUUCCGGAUGGCAACUUAUGUGGCUAUUGCACUGAACGUCGGCUACUGGAUUGCCUUUGUCUUGAUCUCGGUGUUCCAGUGUCGACCUCUACCCGGAGCGUGGCACCGCUGGUAUGAAGAAGAGAAUUAUAAGUGCAACCAUAUCAAUGCACAGGGCUGGGCAGCGGCAGUGCUCAACAUGGUCCUUGAUAUAAUCGUCAUGGUGCUUCCACUGCGCCAGCUAUACGGUCUAAACCUUUCCGUGAAACGAAAAUCAUAUGUGAUGUGCAUGUUCAGUCUGGGCAUCUUUGUCACCCUUAUCAGUAUCCUACGGCUGAAUUCACUAAUUCACUUUGCUUCUACCACGAACCUAACAUGGGAUUACGUGACCGUCGGAUAUUGGAGUACUAUCGAAUGCGACGUUGGCGUUAUCUGUGCUUGUCUGCCUGCCAUUCGAUCUCUACUACGUCGUAUAUCUCCCGGACUCUUUGGCGAUACUGCCAAAGUCAAAUCUUCAUACGCUAUGGACUCUCAUUCUCGCGGGAAUGGGUCUCAAUUUGCAGCUGUCCCCGCCCAGAAUAAGAAUCCUGAUCGCCAAUUCUACCCGCUGGAUGACAUAGACACCUCAGAUGAAGCCCGGCUACACCACCCACACCCGGUGUAG